GGACCAUCGACAAAAGACAAGGAGCGCAGUUUGCCUUCCUUGCGUUUUUCCUUUUCAUUCUUCUUGAUCUUUUAUCAACGUUCUGCUUUCCAACGAUGGUAUUUGUUGCAACACUCACACCUGCACACUCGCAUCAUUCUCCCUUCCCGUCUGCUCCUGCUGCUAUUUCUCCUGUUCAAACUCCUGCCACUUGCAUUCCACGUCGCAGUAGAACAUUCUCGUAUCCACUGCACCAAGACAUAUCGGCUGCAACAACCACACCUGCCACACCUGCGACGACAACAACAACAGCAACUGCUGCUGCAACAAAAAGACCUACCACAAAGCGAACUCGCUCCAAACCAACACCGCAUUUCGAUCACCCGUGGUGGAAAGGGCCAGCUGCUACCCAACUCACCACAGUAGAAGAGAUAAUAGAACCAGAUACAAGUAGAUCUCUUAACCAUCAUCCAGCUCGAAGACACAGCGCGGGACAAGUUCUUCACAUGGACGCGACGUACCCUGGCGCCAAAACUUCAAAAACAAUAUCGGAGCCUCUAGCACACCAUACACCUCGUUGGAAACGACCGAGCAUCAGUGACGCUUUUCCGACAACCGCCCCAGCAGCGGAAACGAAAGCUGCCCCGACGACAGAAUGUGUGGGACCGUAUGUUGUUCUCAAAACGCUUGGCUCAGGCGCCUUUUCCCACGUGAAGCUCGCUGUGCACUCUCGUGAUGGUAAACGCGUUGCGAUCAAGAUGCUCGAGAAACACACUCCGAAUUCUCUUCACUCUCCGCACCAAGCCUCAAACGAAGCUUCCAUUAUUGCAUCCCUGCAUCAUCCUCACAUUGUUCGACUACUCGAUACGAUUGAAACGCCUUCACAUAAUUGUUUGAUACUCGAAUACGUGCCUGGUGGGGAGUUGUACGACCUGAUCAGCGACCAUCCAAACAUGUUGACGGAAGAUACCAUCCGCCGGAUAUUUCGCGAACUCGUCCAAACAGUUAAAUACCUCCACACCAACAAUGUCUGCCAUCGCGAUCUGAAGAUUGAAAAUGUGUUGUUAGACUCAUCUCAAAACAUUAAACUAACCGAUUUCGGACUGGCCAAGCGCUUCAAUCCCCAUAUUCCCCUGACGACUCGCUGCGGUAGUGAAGAAUAUGCUGCACCUGAACUCGUCCAAGCUCAACCGUAUGAUGGACGAAAAACCGAUAUCUGGGCGCUGGGUAUCAUCUUGUUUGCCCUGCUGACUGGUGAACUACCCUUCUCGGUGCGACCUGGUGAACGUCCUCGAGGCAUGUUUCACAGAAUUGCCCGAGGGGACUUCAAGUUUCCGAAUUCACCUGGUGUGAGCGACUCGGCCAAAGAUUUGGUCAAGAGAAUAUUGACACCGAAUCCAAAAAAGCGAGCGACAUUGGAUGAGAUUUUGAGGCAUCCUUGGAUGGCGGAAAAGGAAGUGGCAAACACUGGUGCGCUCGAACGCUAGAUGUAUAUUGUCUAAGCGUUGUGUUGUCUUUUAUUGUAAAUAUGACUAUCUGCUUUUUGGGGGGCUUUUGCUUUGUACAUGUGUUUAAAAAGGAAAAAUAUACACCGGUGUAAAUAAAAUGUUAUAUAAAUACGAAUCUGGCUGCCUUCUCGUUACCCUGCCAGAGACCGAAUUUUCUCCGCAAUAAUAG